AUGGCGGCCGGGCGGGUUGUGAAGGAUGAACCUGAGGAGGAUGAUUGGAGAGCUGGGGAGGGGGGGAGUGAGGAGGAGAGUGAGGAGGGGAGUGAGGAGGAGAGUGAGGAGGGGAGUGAGGAGGAGAGUGAGGAGGAAAGUGAGGAGGAAAAUGAGAAGGAGCGUGAGGAGGAAAUUGAUGAGGAGAAUGCGGAGGAGAGCGAGGAGGUGGAGAGGGAGGACGAGGAGGAGGAAAGUGACGAGGAGACCGAGGAAGAAAAUGAGGAGAAGAAUGUGGAGGAGAAGAAGAUUGUAGAGGAGAAAACUGAGGAAAUAAUUGAGAAGGAUGAAGUGAACGAGGAGGAGGAAGGUGAGGAAGAGGGAGAGGAGAAGGAGGGAGAGGAGGAGGAGGAGGAGGAGGGAGAGGGGGAGGAGGGAGAGAGGGAGGAGGGAGAGGAGGAGGAGGGAGACGGGGAUGAGGGAGAGGAGGAGGAGGGAGAGGAGGAGGAGAAGGAAGAGGAGGAGGAGGAAGGGGAGGAGGAUAAUGAAGAGGAGGAAGAUGAUGAGGAGAAGGAGGAGGAGGAGAAGGGGGAGGAGAAGGGGGAGGAGAAGGAAGGGGAAGAGGAGGAGGAGGAGGAGGAGGAGGAGGAGGAGGAGGAGGAGGAGGAGGAGGAGGAGGAGGAGGAGGAGGAGGAGGAGGAGGAGGAGGAGGAGGAGGGAGUGGAAGGAGGGCGAGUGGAGGAACAGCAGAAGGAUUCACCUCCGUCACAGAAAGCAGGCGUGGGGAGAGAGGGUGCAGAAAAGAGGGGGAACGGCGCAUGGACGAGACGGACGGUUCCAGUCUUCAGCAUCCAAAAGGCUGCUUCUGCUUCAGGAGUUGCAGGCGAUGCUGCAGGUGUUGAUGGUGGUGAUGGUGAUGGGCUAGCGGAGGGGAGACGCAAGAGCGGUGGGGCUAAGAUCGCCCGUCGCUCUGACCGUCCCUCUUCUGCUGGUGCUGCUGCUGUUGCUGUUGGUGAUACUGUCGCUCCUUCUCCCAGUCCCUUGAAACAGCAGGAGGAGCAGCAGAAGGGGCAGCAGUUGCAGCAGCUGGAAGGGGAGGGAGAGAAAGAGGGGCAACAGAAUCGCAGGAAGAAUGCAACCCCAAAAAGAGGAGGAGUCGCCACAGCUUCUGGUAAUGCUUCUGGUGCUGCUGCUGGUGGUUCUGGUGCUGGUUCUGCUCGUCUUCGCUCCGCUCCUGCUGCUGCUGCUGAUGCAGCAGCAGCAGCAGCAGCAGCAGCUGCAUCAACUGCACCCAACACGACUCUCCCGCCCUUCCGGUUCACAUCCAAUCAAGAGUGGCGGCAUUUGGAUUACGGCAACGAUCUCACCGCCCUCACCGCAGACGGGCGGCGCGGCCGGAGUGCCGCCCGCACGCUGGGCUUCCGGGGCGGCUGCAUUCGUCUGCCAGCGGUGCACCGGCAGAUGCUGAGGCGGCUUUUAAGGAGGAUGAUGUUCCGAGGGGAGGUGGAGCAGGCAGCAGGCGUGCUGGCGGCUCUGAUGGAUGCGGAUAAGGACGCUGAAGUCACAAGACGGGCUGUGGAUGAACCAAUAUGGCUCGAGUCUCAGGUGAGGGAAAGGCAGGAGGUGCAGCAGGCGGCAGGCGUGCUGGCGGCUCUGAUGGAUGCGGGUAAGGAUGCUGAGCAAGCGCUCGUUCUGCUGCGAGAGCUGUGGCGCAAGGGCUUCAGCAGCAGAGGCAGUGGGAGCGUUGGUGGUGGUGCUGCUGCUGCUGGUGGUGGUGGUGGCAGCAGCAGCAGCAGCAGUGAGCGGCGGAGGGCAGAGAGGAGGCGACUGGUGGUGUUCAUGCGAGCGAUAGCUCUCAAGCAAGAGGACGAUGUGAGUGGUGAUGGGGGGAAUAUGGCUGCUGGUGCGUAUGGGUAG